CCCCGCGCCCGGGGCCGCUCCCCGCCUCCCGCCUCCCCCGGCCGCCCGCGGGGCGGCCCGCCCCCUCUGCACCUCCGGGCCCGGAGCUGCCUCCAUCGCUCCUGCAUCCCGGCCGGGGGGAGGAGGAGGCGGAGCAGGAGGCGAGCCGGAGCCGCCGCCGCCAACGCCGCCGCCGCCGCCGCCGCCGCCCGAGCAGGACAGAGCGCGCCGCAGCCCCGCGCGUCCGGCCGCCGCCCGUGCCCAUCAAGCAGCCGCGCCGGAGCCACACCGUGGGACAGCCCGGGCCGCGGCGCGCCCCGGCCCGGCCCAGCCCAGCCCAGCCCCGGCACCGGGCGGCCCGGCGGCCGGCCCGCCCCCGAGGGCGCCGGGCGCGGCGGGAGGAUGCCGAAGCCGACGCUGCUGCUGCGCGGGGGCUGGGAGCGCGAGCGCAGCCCCGGGGACUCGGAGCUGGGCCGCCAGUUCCGGGACUGGUGCCUGCGCACCUACGGCGACUCGGCCAAAACCAAGACGGUGACACGCAGCAAAUACCAGCGGAUCGCCGAGGUCCUGCAGGGCGGCGGCGGGACCGGCGCGGGCAGCGGCCCGGCGGCCGGCGAGAAAGGCAAGUUCCAGUUCUGGGUGCGCUCCAAGGGCUUCCGCCUGGGCAGCGGCCGGGAACCCAAGAUGGGCCAAGUGGUGUAUGUGCCGGUCAAGACGGGCUCGGGGGCAGAUGGCCUAUCGGAGCCGGAGGGCAUCUCUCUGAAGCGGGUCGCUGUGGUGGAAGAUUUCUUUGACAUCAUCUACUCGAUGCAUGUGGAGAGCUCAGCGGAGCCAGGCAAAGCCCCCAAGCACGCUGGGCAGAAGAAAACCUACAGAGCGAUCGCGGAGACCUACGCCUUCCUUCCGCGAGAGGCCGUGACCCGCUUCCUGAUGAGCUGCACGGAGUGUCAGAAGAGGAUGCACUUCAAUUCCAACGGCCUGGAGCCCAAAGAAAACGAGCCUCCCUCUCCUCUGGUCUCCGGGAUCAUCGACUACAACAUGCCCCUUACCUCCACGUACCUGAAGCAGAUGAAGCUACGGGUGAUGAACUCCCAGGAGCAGGAUGAAACUUCUGUGAGCAGUGAAGAUUUUGAUAUGAACGACUCCACAUGGAUGUCAGCUGACCCACACCUGGCCUCCAGCCUGAGUCCCAGCCAGGACGAGAGGAUGCGGAGCCCACAGAACCUCCACAGCCAAGAGGACGACGACUCCUCCUCCGAGAGUGGCAGCGGCAAUGGCUCCUCCACCCUGAACCCAUCCACGUCAAGCAGCACGCAGGGUGACCCCGCCUUCCCCGAGAUGAAUGGCAACGGCGCUGUGGCCCCCAUGGACUUCACCACCACCUCCGAGGAUCAGCCCAUCAACCUGUGUGACAAGCUCCCACCGGGCACAGCGCUCAGCACGCCUUCCUACCCCUCAGACGGCUGCGGCACGGACGGACUGCGGAGCCGCGUCAAGUACGGGGUGAAGACCACCCCUGAGUCCCCGCCCUAUAGCUCGGGGAGCUACGAUUCCAUCAAGACCGAGGUCAGUGGCUGCCCUGAGGACCUGACGGUGGGCCGGGCCCCCACAGCAGAUGACGACGACGACGACCACGACGACCACGAGGACAACGACAAGAUGAAUGACUCUGAGGGCAUGGACCCUGAGCGCCUCAAGGCCUUCAAUAUGUUCGUGCGUCUCUUUGUGGACGAGAACCUGGACCGCAUGGUGCCCAUCUCCAAGCAGCCCAAGGAGAAGAUCCAGGCCAUCAUCGAGUCCUGCAGCCGGCAGUUCCCCGAGUUCCAGGAGCGGGCCCGCAAGCGCAUUCGCACGUACCUCAAGUCCUGCCGUCGCAUGAAGAAGAACGGCAUGGAGAUGACCAGACCCACCCCUCCGCACCUGACCUCGGCCAUGGCAGAAAACAUCCUGGCAGCUGCCUGUGAGAGUGAGACAAGGAAAGCAGCCAAAAGGAUGCGCCUGGAGAUCUACCAGUCCUCGCAGGACGAGCCCAUAGCCCUGGACAAGCAGCACUCCCGGGACUCUGCAGCCAUCACCCACUCUACCUACUCACUGCCAGCCUCCUCCUACUCCCAGGACCCUGUGUACGUCAAUGGCGGCCUCAAUUACAGUUACCGUGGGUACGGGGCCUUGGGCAGCAACCUGCAGCCCCCGACCUCCCUCCAGACAGGAAAUCACAGUAACGGGCCCACAGACCUCAGCAUGAAGGGCGGGGCCUCCACCACCUCCACCACGCCCACGCCCACGCCCUCCAGCAACAGCACCAGCAGGACCAUGCCUACGGCCCAGCUCAGCCCCACAGAGAUCAGUGCUGUGCGGCAGCUCAUCGCGGGCUACCGAGAGUCUGCCGCCUUCCUGCUGCGCUCUGCAGAUGAACUGGAAAACCUCAUUUUACAGCAGAACUGACCCCAGCGGCACCUGGAGUGCACCACCCUAGGGAAGGAGGCUGUCCCUGCCCCGGACCUGGCUUCCUGCCUCACCAGUUGGUACAUUUUGUUUUUUGAAAGAGGUGGGAUCCAAAAGAGCUGUUUCUAGCCACACUCCAAGCACCUGAGACUUUGGGCACAAGGACACUUUUUUUUUGGAAUCUCACCACACGGGUGCUCUGACCUGCUUGGAAGAGGCCAUUGGGGCAGCUUUGGAGGGGCUGGGGUUCCCCCCAACAAGGCGCUGGGGCCACUGCUCCAUUUAGAAUCAUCUUCGUGGACCCUGAUGUUAGAAUCCCACCCCCAGAUAAUUACCUUUCAAGUCUUAGGUGAGCAGAAUUGCAUAUUUAUUGAGAAAAACAAAGUGGACCCUUUCUUCCUCUCCCCUUAGUAAUUUAUUUUUCUGAAAAUGGAUUCUUUUGUGUUUGUACAGAUUGCCAGUCUGUGUCUGUCUGAUCAGAAGGAUGUAUCCCUGUGACCUAACAUUCCAUAUCACUACACUGGCGCGGGCUGGGGCCAGCAGGGCGGGGGUGUGGUGGGGCAGGCACCGGGCUGGCUGUCCCUCUGAGUGCCCAGCACUGCCAAGCAGGAGGACCUCACCCACACCCACUGCACAGCAAAGACAAACACAAACGGCUCCCCCACCCCCAUCCCACAGAAGCCCCAGUCCCACGGCCACCUGUACUCUACCUCACACUCCAGCAUGGGCUUCUUCCACACUGUGCCCCGAGCCUGUUCUGAAUGGCUGUCUCCCAGCUCCUCCACACCAUGUGUCUGCCUGGGAGGUAAGUCCAGAUGGGUGGCCAGGAGCUGGAGCCCAGGGAGGACCUUGGCCCCAGCCCUCCCUGCUGCUUGCCAGGACAGAGUGCUGGGAGAUGGCAGCCGGUCAGCAGGGCCCUUGCCCUCACCCUGCCCACAGGGAGCCGGGUCUGAACACUUCUCUGCACAGGCCUGGGCCCCCCAGACACUUCUCUGGCAAGGCCCGUUUCUUCAGGGUGAGUUCCCAGCUGUCAGGCAGCCACUGAACAGGAAUGGCAGCUGCGAGCUCCUGGGUGAACGGCAGCUCCCGUCCCCUGCCCCUGUGGUUGGAGUAAAGGGACUAUCAACAGAAGUGGAGAAGCCACUUGGGUUCUCCUAGGACCAGCCCUUCUUCCUGAAGCACCAGUCCUGGAAGAAACCCAUAAUCCCUGGAGUGUGAAAAAGGGCAAAAAGAAAAGGCUGGCCUGGUUUCCUCCCUCCCCGAUAGGCACUUCCUCUUGCUCAGUGCAAUACCUACCAGUGCUGCUAAAACCAGGGAUUCGCCCAGACCUCAGAAGGCCCACGGGGCCUCUCCAUGCAACACUCCGUAGCCAUGACAGCAGCUCUGCGCUGCCCGCCCCUGCCCAGAGCUGGCAGAAGCCCUCUGUUGCCUUUUCUCCCUCAGAGCAAAGAGGCCCCAGGGGACCCAGGGCCGAGUGGACCCUCGGAUCGAGAGCCACUCAACCCCAAAGCAGGCACCCCUUCCCAAACCAGCUUUUCUGCAGCCAACUGCCUCCCAGCACUGUGGCAGACCACCCUCAGGAGGGGCGGGAGGGGCUCCAGCAUGGACGCCCCGCCUUGCCUCAGAUCCGUAACUGAGCUCUGGCUCCCGGAUCCAGAAACUCCAAGAGGUAGGGUGCCCACCCCGUGCUUACUUCCAGCCGCUAGAGGUUGGGGGUGGUCUUUUUUCUGUCAAGUGGCCUCCAACUCCCCACCCAGCCACACCACCUCUGCCUUCCAUCUGACCAAUCCCCAGCCUCUGGUCAGGGCCAGGACAUGCGAGACUGCCCCUAGCACAGCACAAGCUCCAGUGCCCAAGCCCUCUCCCACACCCAGCCAUCCACAUGUUCAGCGCCCCCUGCUCAGUACUACUCCCGGACGUUUGAAUUUGUGUAAAUAUUUAUUUUUGUGUGUGAACAAUACUACAAAAUAAUCAGAAGAUCUUUUGCAACACGUUACCCCAGGCAAUUUGUGAAAAUGUUAAAAACUGGCAGAGACAAUCGCCGCCUUAGAAUUCUUGAUAUCAAUUGCUUAACAAGUCAUUUCUCCUCCCAGAGGCAGUACCCAAGCCAGGCACAAACGGUUUGCUUUUCUUGACAGACAGGAGUGAGAAAGACUGGGAAAGGGGCUCCCGCCACCACCCACACAGGGGAUUAGAGCUAAGGAUCAGUAUAAGCUACAGUUUGAAGUUGCAUUUUUCUGAGUUCAAGCUGUCCUAACUGGCUGCCUUCAGCCUGCCUAGUGCUGCAGUAAGAGCAGGUUCAGUGUGUUUCAAGAGAAGGGAAAUGAAUGCCAGCGGUAAAAGUCCACUGGGGUUCACAGCAGCCCCUCCGGGACAGGGGGUUUGUCGUGUUGACCCUGCCUCUUGGGUAGGCUCCUUCCUAGUGAAGCUACACAGGAAGCCCCGGUGAUGGCAGAAUCAGGAGCAGAUUACUGUGAGGAAACAGGAUCCAUUAGCUCCUUCAGUCUGGGAACUUGUUCUGUUUUGCUUUUGUUUUAAAAGAUGCAGCUUCAACCCCGUCCCUCUCCUCCUGACCUGGAGAGCACCAAAGAGCUGGUUCUACUGAACCUCGCUCACUGCUGUCCCACCUGCACCCCAGGAACUGCCUUCUCCCAAAGGGAACUUCCAGAGCCCUGCCCCACAGCCAUUUAAGAUUCUCAUGGAGGGCCUCAGGGCACAAAUUAAUCAUUUGGGAUCCUAAAUUAAAAAGGUAAUGCAAGAGUCAAUACACCAAUUCCAGAGUCUUUGCAGGGGCUACUCCCACGAGAAGGGUAGAAUCAGGAGAAAUAGGAAUUUGGUCUUUGUGGUGGAUCAUCUAGUAGACCAGUAAUAAUGUAACCCAUCUGAAAUUCAUUCUACCGUCACUACUCGUACAAACGGACAGUUUAUACCUGAGGACAGUGUUGAGGGGGAGGGGGACAGGCAGGGGGUUAGGAAGGUUUUAGAGGAUUUUAAACAGGUGGAACCCAGCCAUCCGUAUUCCCAAGGGCCACUUAACGACUCCAGAGGUGGUUACAGGAUUAACUACCAGUUCAUUUUCAAAAUGCUGCUUUGAACUCAGAGGGUUGAUACUUUUAAUUUGUAAUUUUUUGUAAAACUUUUUACAAGAUAGUAAAGUAUUUCACCAGAAUACCAGUUUCAAUCCGUCCAUGGUCUGAUUUUUAUAUAAUUUAGUGGUGCUUUAGAAACUUUGUUUUUGUUGUUUCUGAGCUAAACAGCUCACUCCUUUUUUUGCCUGUAUCUACCUAAGACCAAUGUGAACCUUUGUAUUUUUGCUCCUAAUUUUGGACUCAGUGAAAGUGUACUGUUUACAUGUACAGAUGCCCCAGUCCCCGUGUGUCCUGCAAGACUCGCUCUUGAGGAGGAAGGGGCACCUCACUAAGCUCACCUGCUUAGCAAAGCCACAACACAAAAACCUCUCACUUUUUACCUGUUUCCACUUAAAAACAAAAACAAAAAACCUACGUCACAGAGAACUCAGAUUUGCUGAAAAACACUUUUCUAAGCUCAGAAAAAUCUAAUCCAUGCAGCAGAUGGCCCAUAUGCCCCCAUCAUGUGGUCCAUUUAGAAGCAGGGCUCAGAAUAGAGACUUAAAAUCGCCACUGGCAGGUGACGGCGUGGACACGUGAAAAGUGAAAGCAGAACUCUGCUGCAGAGCUGUAGGGUGGACAUAGUUCUCCCAGCAGCCUGGGAAUGGGACGGUGAAGAUGACUCAUAUGACCUUCAGGGUCAAGCCACCCAGAUUUAGGGACAACCCAAGAGGUCGUCACUCCUCUGGUAUAAUUGAGACAUGUUUUGGAAGAGCACGAGGUCCCUAUCUGAAAGGAGAUUUUAAGUCUGUCCAGUGCAGAUGCCUCCUGGAGGCAGCUCAUUCAUGAGGCAUCACCUCUGGGGAGGGGCAGGGGGCUCCAGACAGUAAGCAUAUGGCACUUAAGGCAAACAGUGGAUGGCACCAACUUUUAAAGGUGACUCUUUAUUACUUAAUCAAUGGCUUCACCUCUAAAUUAUAUUUUUACAGAUAUGCACCUAUGCAACUUAACGUGGCUCUUCUAAGCAGGUGAGGACUUCCUCCUCAAUGCUCUAUAAAAAUUAUGUGUUCUAUAUAGUGAGUUUUUCCAGUAAAUGUGGCUUAAUAUUUUAAUUCUUAGAAUGUGUCUUCUCUAUGUGAUGCAACUAAAUUCUGUUUUGUUUGUGGAAUGACUAGCACAGGCCAACUCCCUCUCCCCUCACUUAACAAAAGACCAAUGAGCUGUUAAUCAAGCUGUUAUCUCCAUGGUAUUACUUGCUAAAUGCACUGAUUUCAUAAGUAUGUGGAAUCUUUUUUCUUUUGAAUCUGUAUAUCAUAUAUAAGACUGAAUCUACUUAAUAAACACUGAAUAACAAAUCGAA